AUGUCUGAAACUGUUGCUCCUGGUGAGGAAGUCAGAGGUGCAGGGUCACCGAAAAGGAUGAAGAAGGCUGGGUCUGCGAAGACUAAGUCUGCUAAGGUCCCCUCCUCUCAUCCACCGUACAUGAAUAUGAUUAAAUCAUCAAUAUCGGCAUUGAAGGAAACGAAGGGUUCAAGUCGUGCCGCUAUCCUCAAAUAUAUCAUUCAGAAUUAUAAAGUUGGAGGCAAUUUAGCUGUUGUAAAUGCACAUUUGCGCAUUGCGCUAAAACGUGGCGUAGCUACUGGUUUACUGAAGCAAGUGAAAGGUACCGGUGCAGCAGGUUCAUUUAAAUUAUCUGGUGAAACCAAAAAGAAUAAGAUUAAAACAACCGAAAGUAAAGCUAAGCCGACAGUUAAAAUGACGCUGAAUAAACCGAAAAAAACACCGAUGAAAAAGACAAUGAAGGCAAAGAGUUCCACGACAAAGGUUAGAAUCCCCCUUCUUAGUUUUUUUUAA